GCUACCCAGUGGCUAUCAGAGUGGCACAAUGGCAUUGGCACUACUGCCAUCUCAGUACUUACACCCUUCAUGUCAAUGCAGGACAACAUCAAGACUGAUGAGGAUCACAAAGAUUUUGUGAAAAACUUACAUCUCAAGCUAGGAUUCUUGUAUGGCACCAUCAUGGAGGAUGGCAAAUACAAACAACCCUUUCAGUCUGAACUUCUCAUUCAGGUUCAGGUUCUCAUGCAGCAUAGCAGGGACAUGCACAUCAGUGAACUGAAAUUCAACAGUAAAGGGAAGGCCAUCAAGGUCCCCCACAGCUUGAACAAAGUCACAGGCAAGCCUAGUAGUGCUCUCAGGGCCUUUUCAGACACCAACUACAGCAAGGUGACCAGAGGCUAC